UUACUGCAAUUAUUUAAGCUUAUUGUUGAAAUUUUUAUAUGGAGAGAAAUAAUAUUUUAUAUUCCUUAACUUACAGGGUUCCUUGACUUAUACAAAGUCUUUCCAUCUUGGUGGAGACAACUUUGGACAGGCAGUGAAGCGGAGUCGUGAUAACAUUGAUUGGCUGGUAAACAAGGGGAAGUCAAUGCCAAUUGACGUGGCUCAGUGGGAUGCAACCAGAUUGCCUCUUAGAGAACAGUGCGUUGACAUUAUCGUGUCCGACUUACCCUUCGGAAAACGCAUUGGCAGCAAAACCGAUAACCGUGUUUUAUAUUUUCAUUCCUUGCUGGAAAUGGCAAGGGUGACACGAAUAAAAACAGGACGUGCAGUAUUGCUUACAUAUGACCACAGGAGUAUGAUUAAAAAUAUAAAACGAGUUCACACCCUGUGGAAGAGUGGUGCCUCAAGAACUGUCAAUGUUGGUGGAUUAUCAGCUGUUAUUUACAUACUGCAUCGUACCUCCCUGCUUUGUGACACAGGGCUCAGGAAGGAUACAAAGUAUAAAGAAAAAAAGUCUCCAGGUAGUCCAGGUGGAAGUGCUACAAAUUAACUGUACUAAUAGUAUGCAAAUCAGAUAGAUUUUGUGAUACUGAAUAUCAGUAAAAAUGUUUUAUAUCA